ACCACUUUGUAUUGUUUAUGCAAAAAUGGGUAUAAACUCCAAUAGAGUAUCAGGGCAGGAAACCACUAUCAUGAUCCAGACUGAGUCUUUUCCACCAUUAGAGAUACACAGAGUGUGUUUACCACCCAACACAACCAUUUUUCAGAGGCUUAAACAUAGACUUUCUGAGAUCUUCUUCCCAGAUGACCCUCUUUACAGGUUCAAAAACCAGACACUCUUAAGGAAAUUCAUUCUGGGUCUCCAGUAUCUUUUCCCCAUAAUUCAGUGGGGGCCAACUUACAGUCUCAGCCUACUUAAGUCUGAUGUCAUAUCUGGACUCACCAUUGCAAGUUUAGCAAUCCCACAGGGAAUUAGUUAUGCAAACGUUGCAAAUUUGCCUCCUAUAAUUGGGCUUUACUCCAGCUUUGUUCCACCAUUGAUCUAUACUAUCCUUGGAAGUUCCAGACAUCUUGCUGUAGGUCCAGUUUCAAUAGCAUCUCUAGUCAUGGGCUCCAUGCUUGAAGAGACAGUCCCCCAUGCUAAAGAUCCAAUUCUUUAUCUUCAGUUGGCUUUCACUGCCACCUUUUUUGCUGGUUUAUUUCAGGCAUCUCUGGGGAUACUUAGGUUAGGCUUCAUCAUUGAUUUCCUCUCCAAGGCUACCCUGAUUGGAUUCAUGGCAGGGGCAGCAAUCAUAGUAUCCCUGCAACAGCUGAAAGGGUUGCUUGGGAUUGUUCACUUCACAAGCAAGAUGCAAAUCAUUCCUGUAAUGUCCUCUGUUUUUCAUCACACAAAGGAGUUUUCCUGGCAAACAAUAGUGAUGGGCUUGAGUUUCCUGGUCUUUUUAUUGGUAACAAGACAUAUUAACAUGAGGAAACCAAAGCUUUUCUGGGUCGCUGCAGCCGCUCCGCUGACAUCUGUUAUUCUAUCAACCCUUCUGGUCUUCUUCCUCAGAGAACAUGUUGUUAAUCACAUCUCCACAAUUGGGCAUUUACUGCAAGGUCUGAACCCACCUUCAGCAAAAAUGCUCUACUUCCAUGGACCUCACCUAGACCUUGCUAUUAAAACAGGGAUCAUAACAGGAAUUUUAUCUCUCACUGAGGGAAUUGCAGUGGGAAGAACAUUUGCUUCUCUCAAAAAUUACCAAGUUGAUGGGAACAAAGAAAUGUUGGCAAUUGGUAUGAUGAACAUGGCUGGUUCUUGCUCCUCAUGUUAUGUUACCUCUGGAUCUUUUUCUCGACCUGCUGUAAACUAUAAUGCUGGGGCACAAUCAGCGGUUUCGAACAUAGUAAUGGCAGUAACAGUUCUUGUGACACUACUGUUCCUCAUGCCCUUGUUCAAGUAUACUCCUAAUGUAGUCUUAGCGACGAUAAUUAUAACAGCCAUGAUUGGAUUGAUCGACUACCGGAAUGCAUUGAAAUUGUGGAAGGUGGAUAGGCUUGAUUUCUUGGCCUGUUUGUGUGCCUUCUUUGGUGUUCUCUUCAUCUCUGUGCAGAUUGGUCUUGCAAUAGCUAUCGGAAUCUCAAUCUUCAAAAUUCUGUUGCAUGUAACGAGGCUAAACACAGUGGUUUUGGGGAACAUUCUGGGCACCCAAAUAUAUCAAAAUCUAAGCAGUUAUGGAGAGGCCAAGAGGAUUCCCUCCUUCCUCAUUCUUGGCAUCGAAUCACCCAUCUAUUUUGCAAAUUCUAAUUAUCUCCAAGAAAGGAUACUAAGAUGGGUCCGAGACGAGGAAGAAAGAACCAAAAUAAAAAAGGAGAGUUCCAACAAGUGCUUAAUUUUGGACAUGUCAGCUGUGACAGCCAUUGACACAAGUGGCCUCGUAACAUUAAUUGAACUUAAAAAGACACUGGAGAAACGGUCGCUUCAGCUUGUGUUGGUGAAUCCUGCUGCAGAAGUAAUGGAAAAACUCCACCGAUCUAAUAUUUUAGAGUCUUCUUUUGGUAUAAAUGGACUCUAUCUGACUGUUGGGGAAGCUGUUGCUGCCGUAUCUCUAUCACUCAAGAGUCAGCCCCAGCCCUGAACUGUUUCAGGUUACUUAAAGAGUCUCACCAA